AUGCCGAAGUUUCAGAUUCUAUACUUGUGCGCAACGUUCGCGUUCUGUCACGCGGUGGUCUUAAGUGGCUAUAAUGGCGGCCAUGGGAUCUCGUACGCGGAUUACGAGGGUCUCGAAGGAUACGCAGGAUCAGCUGCUCAAUACGAAGGACACGCGGUGUUACCCACAGUGGCAGUUCCGGUUCACGCGGUUUCCGCCGCGCCUGUGCACGUCGCAGCGGCCCUCGAUCAUGGAUCUCAUGGAUACGAUCAUCACGCCGAUCAUGAUCACGAUUACUACGCCCAUCCAAAAUACACGUUCAACUAUGGCGUGCAUGACCCUCACACGGGAGACGUGAAGACCCAGCACGAAGUUCGCGAUGGCGACGUGGUCCACGGGUCUUAUAGCGUGAAUGAGCCUGACGGAAGCGUGAGGAUCGUGGAGUACACAGCUGACGACCAUAAUGGCUUCAACGCGGUGGUGAAGAAGGUCGGACCAGCAGUGCAUCCGAAACCCAUCUCGGUAGCCAAAUACGUGUCGCCAGCUUAUUACAACAGCUACGAGGAAUACGAAAAGCACCACUACUAAAGCACGAUUCACCC